AUGUUUAUGAAAGAGAUGGUGGUUUUAAGGAAGAAGAGCCAGUUCGUGUCUACUCCUCGUUCAACCUGGCGCCUCCUUCCCGCUCCGCCAUCACCAUGUCCUGUGCAGGAGGGAAGAAGCUGUUCACGCCGGGCCCGCUGUGCUGCUCCACCGAGGUCAAGGCGGCCAUGAUGCAGGAUUUGGGUUCCCGCGACAAAGAUUUCAUCGACUGCGUCAAAGAAAUCCGCACCUCGCUGCUGGAAAUUGCGAAGGUGAGCGAGGAUGACUACACCGCCGUGCCCCUGCAAGGCUCCGGCAGCUACUGUGUGGAGGCCGUGCUGCAGACCACCUCGCCAAGGGAAGGAGCCAGGGUAUUGGUGUUGGCCAACGGAGCCUACGGGAACAGAAUGGUGAAGAUGUGCAAGUAUGCCGGGAUCGAGACGCGACACGAGACACACGCUGAGGAUGUGCCCAUAUCUGUGCACGAGGUAAAGCGACUCUUGGAGAAGGACGCUGCGUGGACCACAGUGGCCAUAGUACACUGCGAAACGUCCAGUGGAGUGAUCAACCCCGUGGAGGAGGUGGGCCUCCUGGUACACCGCUACUGUCCCGGCGCUGUGUUUUUCGUUGACGCCAUGAGCAGCUUUGGCGCCGUGCCUUUGGAUCUCACCGCUGCAAGAAUCGAUUACCUCGUGUCUUCAACCAACAAAUGUUUAGAAGGAGUCCCGGGGUUUUCGUACGCCAUCUGCAGGAAACAGCAUCUCCUCUCCUGUAAAGCAAACUGCCGCGUGAUGAGCCUCGACCUGGUGGAGCAGCACCUCAGCCUCGAGAGCAACGGGCAAUUCCGCUUCACGCCACCCACGCAUACCUUCCUGGCAUUCAGGACCGCUAUCCGCGAGUACCGAAAGGAGGGCGGCUUGCAGGGCAGGGCGGCCAGGUAUUGUGAAAACCAGCGCCUGCUUUUGGAAGGCAUGGGUCGUCUUGGGUACCGCCGUCUGGUACAGCCGCAGCACGCCAGCUACAUCAUCACCGCCUUCCUCUACCCGACACACCCUAACUUUGACUUCAAGAUCUUCUAUACGAAGCUGGCAGAGAAAGGCAAGGUGAUCUACCCCGGGAAGGUGACGCGCGCAGACUGUUUUCGAGUGGGCAACAUCGGCCACCUCUUCCCUGCCGACAUGACGGAGCUGCUGCACUGCGUGGAGGAAGUGAUGCGCGAGAUGGGGCUGCCCGUGCCGCUUGAAUGAUGCAUCUCCCCACCAAACACACACACGCACACACGCACACACAUGGAAACAUACACAUACUUACAUAUAGUUAAUGAGAAAAUAAAUUCCUGUCUC